AUGACCAUAAGCUCUGUCAAUACUGAUCAUGCUGGUGCCCAAUUGUUAAAUCAAAAUAAUGAUUCUUUUGUUAAAAUGAUCGAUCUACCUUCAACACAAGACUUUGUUGAAAUAAAUCAAAGUGAUUCUGAAAUUUCAACUCAAGAACCAAAAAAAAUUUACGACAAUUCUAAUUCCAAUAAUACCACUAACAAUAAUAUUACUUCACCGAUUAACACAAUCAUUGCCACAACUAAUGGCAAAAAUAAUGAAAAAGUUACUGAGAAUUCAUUCUCAAAACAAACUUCACCUAAAGAAUCAGAAGAUUCUUCGACAUCAAGAAACCAAUCUAGGAGUCACUCCCCUACAAAUUCUGAAUAUUCAAGCUCUGAUUAUAAUUUAGCUAACUAUGCAGGCUAUGACAUCGAUUCAAAGCCAAAUCAAGAUAAGAAAAAAAAAUACUUAUUGUCUUGUAUUUAUAAAAGAUACACUUAUCUAUUAUCCUUGACUGAUUUAUUUAAACUUUUUUUUAACUCGAAAGCUGAAAAGGAUGAAAAUUUUAAAAAGUUGUUGAAUACUGUGAAUUUGAAAAUCCAAAAUGGAAAACGAAGAAGGAAAACUGAAAAAGAAGAAGAUGCUGAAUUACUAAGUGAUGAAAAAAAUGAAAAUACUUCUAAUAUCUUUGAAUUCACUCAAUCUCCUGGCUAUAUUAAUGGUUUAUUGCGUUCUUAUCAAGUCCAGGGGUUAAACUGGUUAAUUAAUUUAUACGAAUACAAUUUAUCUGGAAUUCUUGCUGAUGAAAUGGGUCUAGGCAAAACUUUACAAACCAUUGCUUUAUUGGGUUAUUUAAGGUACAUAAAAUGCAUUGAAGGCCCUCAUCUAAUCAUUGUACCGAAAUCUACUUUGGAUAAUUGGUUCAGAGAAUUCAAACAAUGGACUCCACAAGUCAACGUUUUACUUUUAAACGGUGAUAAACAAACAAGAGCGGAUAUAGUCAAGUCUAGAUUAUUGCCCUGUGAUUUUGAUGUCGUUGUGUCUUCAUAUGAGCUAGUUCUAAGAGAAAAAGCUGCUUUGAAAAAAUUUAACUGGGAAUAUGUAAUUAUUGACGAAGCCCAUCGAAUUAAAAAUGAGAAAAGUUUACUAUCUCAAGUAAUUCGAUUAUUUACCUCCAAAAACAGAUUAUUAAUCACUGGUACUCCUCUACAAAAUAAUCUUCACGAGCUUUGGGCAUUAUUAAAUUUUAUAUUACCCGAUGUUUUUUCUGAUUCUAAUACAUUUGAUGAAUGGUUUCAAAAUUCAAGCAACAACGUUCAACAACUACAUAAAGUUCUUCAGCCUUUUCUUUUACGUCGUAUUAAAGCCGACGUUGAAACUUCUCUACUUCCCAAGAAAGAACUUAACUUAUACUUGAAAAUGUCUGACAUGCAGAAAACAUGGUAUAAAAAAAUACUUGAAAAAGAUUUUGACAUUGUCAGUGGUGCAAAAGGUAAUAAAACGAGAUUAUUAAAUGUUGUGAUGCAGCUUAGAAAGUGUUGCAAUCAUCCUUAUCUUUUUGAAGGUGCUGAGCCGGGUCCUCCUUUUACCACUGAUGAACAUUUGGUAUAUAAUUCUCAUAAAUUAAAGGUUUUAGACAAAUUAUUGAAAAAAUUGAAAGAAGAUGGUUCCAGAGUGUUGAUUUUUUCUCAAAUGUCUAGAAUGCUAGAUAUUUUGGAGGAUUAUUGUUAUUUAAGGAAAUUUAACUAUUGUCGAAUUGAUGGUCAAACUGAGCACUCUGAUAGAAUUAAGGCAAUUGAUGAUUACAAUGCGCCUAAUUCUGAAAAGUUUUUGUUUUUAUUAACUACCAGAGCAGGUGGUUUAGGCAUUAAUUUAACUUCCGCAGAUAUUGUUAUUCUUUAUGAUUCAGACUGGAAUCCUCAAGCUGAUUUACAAGCCAUGGAUAGAGCGCAUAGAAUUGGUCAAAAAAAACAGGUCAAAGUUUUUAGAUUGGUUACAGAGAAUGCUAUUGAGGAAAAAGUAUUAGAGAGAGCAACUCAAAAAUUGAGAUUGGAUCAAUUAGUUAUUCAACAAGCCAGAAAUUCUGGAGAUCCAUCCACGGCUUCCACUCAGCACAAUAAGUCAACCACAAAAGAUGAAUUAAUUUCAAUGAUUCAACAUGGUGCACAAGAUGUAUUUGAAUCUGCAGAUAAAUUCACUCCCGUGUCUGAUAUUGAUAUUGAAAAUAUACUAAAAAAAUCAGAAGAAAAAACCAAUGAGCUAAAUUCUAAAUAUGAAAAAUUAGGAUUGGAUGAUUUACAAAAAUUUACUUCUGAUUCUGCAUAUGAAUGGGAUGGUAAAGACUUCAAAAAAGUCAUCCAUCAAAAAAUCAAAGGGCCUCUGGGAGCCUUCCAAUGGAUCAACCCUUCCAAAAGAGAAAGAAAAGAGAAUUAUUCAGUUGACAUGUACUAUAGAGAUGUUUUAAAUAGCAACAGUGGCCGGCCUGCAAAAGAAAAUAAAAUCAAAGCCCCAAAACAAUACUCAAUCUACGACCACCAAUUUUAUCCUCCUUUACUUCAUGAAUUAUUAGAGAAAGAGAAAAAUUUUUAUAAAAAACGAAUCAAUUAUGAAGUAGCUUUAGUUGAAGGACCUCCAACAACUUUUGAAAAAAGAAAAAAUGAACAAGCUUUACAACAGUUAGCAAUUAGAAAUGCUGAACCAUUGACUGAAAAUGAAGAAAAAUUAAAAAAUGAAUUGCUUACACAAGGGUUUGAUAACUGGUCAAGACGAGAUUUCACAACCUUUAUUCAUUUGAGUGGAAAGCAUGGAAGAACAAAUUUGAAAUCUAUUGCAGCAGAUUUUGAAGGCAAAAGCUAUAAAGAAAUCCUAGAUUAUAGCAAAAAGUUUUGGAACAAUUUUACUUGCAUAGAUAACCAUGAUAAGUAUAUAAAUCAAAUUGAAGUUGGUGAAGAAAAAUCAGAAAAAAUCAAGUUACAAGAGAAAGCUCUUAUUCGGAAAGUUGAGAGUUAUCAUAUUCCAUUAUUUGAAUUGAAGUUAUUAUCCCCCCCUAAGACAGCUAACAAAAAGUUAUUCAGUGAAGACGAAGACAGAUUUUUAAUUUUAAUGUUGUAUAAAUAUGGAAUUUCUACAGAAGAUUUAUAUGAUAGAAUCAGAGAAGAAAUUCGAAAAUCUCCCAUUUUUGCUUUUGAUUUUUUUCUUAAAAGUAGGAAUAAUAAUGAAUUAUCAAGAAGAUGUCAAACACUAUUAUCCUGUUUAGUGAAAGAACACGAGUCAGAAGAAAAUCAAAGAAUCAAAAUAAAAACAAAAGAAACGAAAAUCAUCAUCAAUUGA